AUGUCUGGGCUCACAACAAAGACCAUCGUCAUUACAGGCGCCUCUCGCGGCCUAGGUCUCGAGUUUGUACGCCAGUUGAGUGACAACAGCCACCAUCGAGUUAUCGCAGUGGUCCGCAACCCAGAGAUACUAUUGCAAUCAAGCAUACUCGCCAGGAAGAAUGUAUAUGUUGUAAAGGGUGAUUUGUCGGACCUCGAGUCAUUUUCCGACGUUGCUGCGAAAAUAUCCGAAGUUGGAAACGGGAAGGUGAACAUCCUGAUCAACAAUGCGGGCGUGAUGGUUGGAGCUGGAGCACAGAGCCAAGUUGCUCUCUCCCGGUCCACCCCAGACGAGUGGGCGGAGCAGUUUAAGAUCAACGUUCUAAGCCUCGUCUUCUUCACCAUUGCAUUGCUGCCACUUUUGGAGCAUGGGGAAGACAAAAAGGUCAUCAAUCUGGGAUCAUUUCUGGGCGACCUCGAUUUUGCGCUGGCCAAAGACGACCUCCAUUACUCGUCGUACUCGGUGACUAAAGCAGCGGUCAAUAUGGCCAACAUCAAGUUCCACAACGAGUAG